GGAUGUCGAUGCGCCGUCGGUGGUCGGUUUCGGGGGUUGACUCGCGCCGCGGGGGUGAUGAGCGCGCUUCCGUCCGCCCUGAGAUUGACCUGCUGCUGCUGCUGCUGCUGGCUCCUGCUGAUCUGUCUCGUCGUCUUCCUGAUACCUGCACCCUGCACCAGCGACACGCCACGACAGGUGGUACGCCGGAUACGAGAACGGCCAGGAGGUGAUGAUGAUGCGUUUGUGCACGGAUCCAGCUAUCUCGAUGAUGCUGACGUCGCCUAUGACGACGAGGAUGACGAUGACGACUUUGAAAAUUGGCUUGAUAAAAAUAUUACCGCGGAAAAAGGACGGUAUCUGGGUUCGCCUUGCGACCUUAUGUGCAAUCCCGAAUUACAGCAUGUAUUCUGUGAUUCAAUCACUGGCCUCUGCGAAUGCGAAAAGUUCUAUCCUGUUCGUCUUGGACCUACUAAGGGAUGUGCCAAACCUAAAAAACUCGGGGAGCAGUGCUUUUAUCGUGCGACGUGCACUUUUGCGGAUCAACAUUCGACGUGCACCCAAGUUCAACACAAUGCAGUAUGCGACUGUGAGGAGGGAUAUCACAGGGUUGCUCUUUCUAGGCCUAAUAAGAAGGUUUUCUGCGCAGAGGAUCUGGUGCUGAUAACUACGGACCUUCCGACCCUACUUUGCAUAGCCUCGGGGAUAGCCAUCUUCACGGCAAUGAUAUGCUUCGUACUCAAACUAUUCAGCCGAGCGAGGUAUUCAAGGCCGCGGCAUUACGCCAACGCCAAUCAUGCGCCAUCCAUGCUGUUUUCCAGCGAUACAGGCAUCCCGCUGACGCUACAUGGGCGACCGUCCUCGCGAUCGAGUCAACGGAGUAACAGUGCCGGAGGACCCCUUAGCUGCGCGUUCACCAGGAGGCCUAGCAGCGCUGGAUCGAGCCGCGGACCAUUGGUACCGGCUUCCAGAGCAGGUGCGGCACGGGCCGCCGCUAUCUUGCUUAUAUCGUGUCACCUUCAGGCGACCAAAGGCAACAACAAGCAUCGACGUACUCUUAGUGACGUAGCUGAGGGAUCGUCCGACGGCCUCGGUUCCCGCCGUCCUAGUUUAGCGUCGGUUCAUAGUUCGACUUCCUCGUCUCGUAGCUACAGCGCCCGUCGACUCGAGAAGGAGAGAAACGAGAAAGAGCAACGCCAAGCGCUUCAGGAACUCCGAUUGGCAAAACAGCGGGAACAAUUGCAGCAACAGCAACAGCAACAACAUGUAGUACCGACGCCUAGUCCUAGGACACCCCAUUCUACAGACGAAUUGCUGCCUUCGGUCGAAGAGGGAAAAGAAGAUUUUUACAACGAGCAGGUACCGACGACUUCAGAUGCAUCAGACAUCAUUCCAACGACGACGACGACUAUGACGACGAUAACAACUUCCAAUGUAACAACAACCCGAAUAGGCGAAAUUGCGCCUAUGACAACGCCAACGACGUCCGUUUUCGGCACGAGCGUUGCGCCACGGGCUUCCGAUGACAUUUUUCAAGUGUAGUCUUCGUCAAAAUAUGAUGAAGUCAAUGGACUUACAAUUUAUUAACGACCUUUUUAUCGUAUUUGCAAGAACCAACGGCAACAUACAGCACAAAGCUGAAGCUGUACACGUAAAAAGAGCAAUCACUUGCUCUUAAUACGAGAAAGUCUAAUAUAAAUAGGCAUGCACAAAUAUCGAAAAUGAGCUAAAAUUUAUACUCUGUCUGCAUUAAAAAGUUAGCUUUUUUUUUAUAGCAUAGAAUUCCAUUACGCGAAUAAUAUUUUUUUCUUUUUCUAGACAACAAUUGUACAUGUCGCGAUAUUUAACGCAAUGAUUAACUUUUUUAGCUUUCAAAUUUUUGUCGAAAAUUAAGUUUGCAUUUAAAAUUAUACAUUAUAU